CUUACAACAUGUCGUGUCAAUUAAGCCCUGAAGAAGACAAGCGGAUAUGACGUCAUGUGCCAGGAGCGGAAGUAGAUUGUCAUAUCCUGCAUCAACGUCAGCGGCUGGCUAGGCUACGAUGCUAGCAUGACUAAAGAUGGAAACUAAUGUGCCGAAGAGACGAGAUAACAAGAAAGCUCUCCGGGUGAAGGUAAUAAGCCUCGGGAAUGCCGAAGUUGGUAAGAGUUGCAUCAUAAAACGAUACUGUGAGAAGAGGUUUGUUCCCAAAUAUUUGGCCACUAUUGGAAUUGACUAUGGAGUCACCAAGGUGCAGGUUCGCGACAGAGAAAUCAAAGUGAACAUCUUUGACAUGGCCGGCCAUCCUUUCUUCUAUGAAGUGCGCAAUGAGUUCUACAAAGACAGUCAGGGUGUGCUGCUUGUGUAUGACGUGGGUCUCCGGGACAGUUUUGAUGCUCUGGACAGCUGGCUGGGCGAGAUGAAACAGGAAAUGGGCUCUCAAGCCAACAUGGACUGUAUUGUGUUCAUGGUCUGCGCCAACAAGGUGGACUUGAUGAAACGGAGAGUCGUGGACGAAGGAGAGGGCCGCCUGUGGGCGGAGUCUCGGGGGUUUCAUUACUUUGAGACGUCGGCACAAAGUGGGGAGGGUAUCAACGAGAUGUUCCAGGCCUUCUUCUCUUCCAUCACUGACAUGUGUGAGAACGGUGGGAAGCGUCCUGUGGCAGAAGUUAGCGUUGGCUUCACCAAAGAGCAAGCAGACACUAUCCGGCGUAUCAGAAACAGUAAAGACUCUUGGGAUAUGCUAGGUGUCAAACCUGGUGCCACACGGGAGGAGGUCAACAAGGCCUACAGAAAACUGGCAGUACUUCUCCACCCAGACAAAUGUGUGGCCCCUGGAAGCGAGGACGCUUUCAAGGCAGUGGUGAAUGCACGCACCUCCCUGCUGAAGAAUAUCAAAUAACACAGGUACACCUGAUGCAUCAUGGCUGACAUUUAUUUAUUUAUUUAUUUAUUAGUACUUUUCACUAUUGAAACUUUUUUGUGCCAAUUGACACUCUGCCAAGCAGAUAUACCAAGUGUGUGAGCGCUCGUGCAUGUGUGUAUACAAGAGCUUACGUUUAUCAUUCAAUUGAUCUUCAAUACAGUUGUUAAGAGCAUAGAGUGCUCAGACUCUUUUCUCUCUUCACGGUGUUUACGUGAGCAUGUUGUCAACAAAGCAGAAGAUCAGACUCACAAGUUACAGUAGUAUUAAAGAUAACUGAACUAAAGUAAAUAUGCGACAUUUAUGUGAAAUCAUUUGUAUGGGAUACUUUUGGAGGUGAAAUGUGCUACCUCUCAAUACAGUAUGUUUCAAUUGCCAAUGAAAUGCAAACGUGUCGGUUUCUUGUGCUAAUCAUGCAUAUUUGUAUUAAAAUGUCCCCUUA